AGGGGGCCCUUUUCAUGUGACAAUACGCAGGAAAUGGUGGUGAUUACGUUCACGGAAACGGUCCUGAUUAUAUGUUAUCGAAUGUCAAACCUCUUGAGACCCAGAAGAAUAGGCAUCAUCCGCUGUCCAUGCCGCAAUCGUCGAGUUCCGUGGGUAUAGAAAAACGAGGUUUUCCGCACGCUUCUCCCCUCAAAAUUUCAGUUGCCAGUUGAUCAACGUCAAAAUCAACCACAUACACACGCCAUCAAAAGACCGGCACGCACAUCUACGGCAUCCCAAACAGCUCGAUCAACUCAAUUCGUACUUGUCGCAUUAGCAACUUGACAAAAAAAAUGGGUGUCAUCGCUUGGCUGGCCGUUACCACCAUCGGGGGCGCCGCUUUGCUCGUCCCGCCUGCGGCCCCCGUUGUCGGCGGCAUCCUGGGAUUUUCCCGCAUUGGGCCCGUAGCUGGUACGAUUGCUGCGUCCGCGCAAGCGUACGUCGGUGCCGUCGCCGCCGGAAGCACUUUCGCCGUGCUUCAAAGCGCAGCUAUGUUGGCGCCCACUCUCUGAUGAUGCCUUUUCAUAAUGUCAUGAGCGAAAUAUGAGCGACUUUUCAUAUCAUAGUCGUCCAGAGGAAUAGUAGGGUCACU